UCGACGUAGAAGAUGGAAGAAAGCGGAGCGUCUUCUUGAAGUCAUGAAGACGAGAUCUCGAGCAGAAGCCUUUCUGUUCGCCAGAAAGUUAAGCCAAACCAAAGGCAUACAAGAUCUUGGAUUGAAGAUUCUUUCGGAGGCAGGGGAAGACGAAAUUGCAGAAUUGGAAGAGACAUCAGAACCAGUCGAAGAUGCUGGGAGCAGACAAUCCUACCUUCCUACUAGAAAGCAACUACAUGCAGCUUGUUUGCUAGUCAUUCUGUUGUGCGCAUGCGCUGUUGGAGUGUGGCAUUGCCCGAUAGUGACAGAAUGCAAGAACAGCAACAGAGACAACGCGCAAGACUGCGUGCAUGGAGAGCCGCCAUACCCACAAAGCGUACAUCUAUCGGUGUCCAUGAAAUUGUAUUUGAAGGGAAAGAAUCGCUUAGAAAUACUCGUGCAAAAUAGUUGGAGUGUUACUCAUCAAUUUGGUCGUCAUUCGGCUAAAACUUCAGGCCAAAGUCGUCAACACGACAACGAGAAAGAGACCAGACAAGACGAUCGAAAGACAUUGAAAUCAAACUGACAUCAAGAAACGGCUUCCAUGGAUGCAGCAAACUAGUAUAGGUUUGGAAACAAACAAUGACAAAAUAUAGUCAGUAUUUUAUCUAGACAUGGGUGUGACGUUACGUCAGUGUAACAGCUUUUUGACAACUACUGAACAAGGCCUGGCCUAUUUACUCAA